AUUUUACAUCUUAGCACAUUUAAGGCAUUUCUGGUGUUUAAACACCUUUCGGUGUAAUUCUAUCUUUCGGAUCAUAGAAAAUUUUUCACCACUAGGUGUCGCACGCAAAAUUUUUAUCUGAAAAUUUUUUCACUCUAUUUUAUAUUUUAUUUAUUGCUCGUCAACAGUUAUUCUCAAUAAAUAUUUAUUUGAGAAAGCUUAUUUAAUCUACCACGUAGACGCAAAUAGCUUCUGGUUAAAAAGCAGUUAGUUUUCUCGGCGACAGCUUCAACGACGAACGUGAGUUGACCUACUUAGGACAGCGUGGAUAGCGUGGGUUUGUUACAUAAUUUGUAUCGUUCCUUUUCAUUAAUCUCUUUGUUUGAGAAUAGUUAUGAAUUUUUUGUUACUGGGCCACUCUUUUACAAAGCGCCUCCAGCGAUGGUGUGGUACGAAACGUUUGUUGAAUUUAAAUUUAGAUUCGGACCGGGUGCAAGUUUAUUGGCAUGGAGUGGGCGGAGCUUAUGUCGCGUCAAAGUCUAAAGCGAAAUCAAUUUGGUGCGAUGUUUAUUUGGUAAAUGAAUUGGAGAUAAACUGCACAGUUGUAGAUAUUGGAAGUAAUGAUUUAUGCAUUCCAAAUUUGCAGCCAAAUCAGUUGGCGGAUAGCAUUAUCAGUUUAUGUUCAAAUAUAUUUAGUCGUGGUAGUCAAGUUGUUGUCAUCUAUGAAAUUUUACAUAGAGCUGGUGACCAUGUAUAUAAUGCCAAGGCUGACACAACAAAUCAGUUAUUGAAAUCAUAUUGUGAAGGCAAGCCUUCCCUAAUAUUUUGGACUCACAAACGGAACAACUUCAACAGUCGUUUUAUUAGGGAUUAUGUUGCAAAUGAUGGUGUCCAUGUUGACAACCAAAAGGGCAUGCCUCGUUACUAUGCUUCAGUUAGAGGCUCCAUUUUAUUGGCUGAAAAAUGUUUAUCACAAUAAGUUUCCUGUCUUCACAUGUGUAUAUAUUUAUAUAUGUAUUUCUUUUACAUGUUCUUUUCAUACAUUGUGUUUCAGAUUAUAUACACUCAAUUUGACAAAACAGUGAAUGAGUGAUAGUUGUGUGGGACAUUUAUUUCAUGCAAAGAUUUGAUUUGGUAUAACUAACAUUAAAAGAUUUGCCAUAGAUAAAAUGCCUAAAGUCGCACCAAACAAAGCCAAAUCUGGCAAGAAACAGAAGAAAAAAGAUAGCAGCAAGUUGGCACAACUCAUCGCCACUGCCAUCAGCAAGGAUGAGGAAGUGCUCAAGGAAAAUGUGGAUUUACUGCCUACCACGGAUAAAGAUGACGGUACGGCCAAUUAUGAAAUUGAAUCAGACCAGGAUGUCCAAUCCAUGUCCACUAACCAUGACCAAAUAGACACUCAUGAGGAUGGUGUUAGUUUAAGCACUAUGGAUUCUGGACCUGUUCCCCUUGAUUUAAGUAAAAACUGGAUUUAGGAUCUUUUAGUCUCGUCCAUCCGCCUAUAGACUCAAAACUAAGGCAGCAGAUAUGGAAUCGGGAAUUUGUAGAUCUGGGGGUUCUUUAUUUUAGGGAAAAAAACAUACAAAAAACCACCACAAUCCAGGAAUCUGGAAAUAGAACGGUCACCUCUAUUCAGGAGGGGUCCAAGAAACAAAUAAACACUAUACUUACUUGGUCUAGAGCGUUUCAACAAUACGCCGAUGUGUAUUGUUGCAAGUACCCUUUGGAGAGUAGCCAACUCUUCCAAUAUAUGUCUAUUAUACAAAAAUUGGCCCAAUCUACUGAUAACUGGUUGCUGUACGACACUAAGUUUAGGCAGCUAAGGGCAACCAACCCUCAACCAUGGGGGAUAAUCCAUACUGAAACAUUCCUAUUUCACUCAAUUGACAAGCCAGCCAAUCACAGGGUCCAAAACAACAACCAUUCCUUUCGGAAAUACCUCCCGCCCCACAUCUUUCAAAGAAAAGGUUAUUGUUGGGAAUUUCAAAAAAGAUCAUCUUGCUCAAAAAAGUCCUGUUCUGUCAGUCACAGAUGUGCAAACUGUGAAGGACAGCAUGCAGCCAUCUCCUGCCACCUUGAUUAUAAGAAAUUCAAACAACCCAUCAAAACAGGUGACAACACAGCCAAGUAAUAAGGGCUUUAAGGUAUCAACCCCUAUAAAUGUAUCCUCCCUACAACAAUAUCUUGAUGGCUAUUAUCUCAAACAAUCUGUAGCAAAUUUUGAAGCAAAAAAUUAAAAGGGCCUUUCAAGACUAAACCGUUCCAUGACUUAGUUUGCUCCUCUUUAGGUGUCGUCCCUAAGAAAGACCCUAACUCCUUUCGACUCAUACAUGAUCUAUCUUACCCCUCAUGGGGAUCCUAAGUUAACUCAUUUAUUCCCAAAGAUAAUUCAGAGGUUUCUUUAGAACUAUUUGAUGAUGUAGCUAAAUUGGUCCUAUCUUCGGGUUACAAUUGUGAAAUUGCUAAGGCUGAUAUUGAAGAUGCAUACAGAGUUAUUCCUAUGUCUCCUUUAGAUUUCAGGAAAUUGGGGUUUUCAUUUGACAAUAAAUUUCAUUUUGAUACAGCACUACCUAUGGGAGCUUCUUCCUCGGUAGCUAUAUUUGAAAAAUUUUCAUGUUCUUUACAGUGGAUUUUGAAAACAAAAUGCGAAGUACAAAAAGUAUCACACAUUAUAGACGAUUUCAUUUUUGUGUCCUGCUGAUACUGGGGAAUGUUUAAACUCAUUGAAUAAAUUCAUGUCACUGGCAAAAGACUUGAAUUUACCAAUCAAACAUGCUAAAACGGUCUUUCCUUCUACCUGUGUAGAAGUGCAUGUUAUUCUGAUUGAUACCAAGUCAAUGAUCGCCAAACUUCCUCAGAACAAAGUUCGAGCCCUAAGAUCCUUACUUAACAUGUACAGGAAACAAAAGAAAGUCACUCUAAGGGAAUUGCAAUCAUUAUUAGGUCAUUUAAACUUUGCUUGUAGAGUCAUUUAACCGGGUCGUUGUUUCUUACGACGUCUAUAUGAUAAAACUAUGGGCAUAAACAGUAAACAUCACUACAUCAAAUUGAAUUACGAUUGCAGGGCUGAUAUUCAAUUGUAGCAUGAAUUCAUUCAUGAUUACAAUGGUUGCACUCUUCUUACCGGGGACAGAUUUAUAUCAAAUCAAACUAUGAAUCUAUUCACAGAUUCAGCCGGUUCUAAAGGCUUCGGAAUUGUUUACUCAAAUGAAUGGACAUUUGGCUGUUUUCCACUUCAAAUCCAACAGCUCCAUAUCAAUAUCUUAGAGCUCUAUCCAAUAGCAUUAGCAGUUGUAAUGUUUGGUCAUUUAUGGUCAGGAACGAAUGUCUUGUUUAUAAGUGACAACUUGUCUGUAGUCUACUGUUUAAACAAGCAAACUUCUAAAGACAAAAUAAUGAUGAAACUGAUCAGGUUUAUAGUUUUAAAGGCCCUAAAAUACAACCUCUGUUUUAAAUCAAAACAUAUUAGUUCAUCUAGUAAUAUAAUCUGUGAUAAAUUAUCUCGAUUACAGGUCAAAGAAGCCCUUCAACACGCUCCUCAUCUAAACAAAUGCCAAGCAGCCAUUCCACUGUCAAUGACUCCAUGGCUAUUGCUGAAAUAAAAGGCAAUUUGGUAGCGGCGUUCCUAGCAAGAACUACCAGACAAGCAUAUGACAGGUUUUGGGCAAAAUUUGUUGAGUUCCUAACAUCAAAUAAUUCGUACCAUGACAUGCCUUUUUCUGCCACCGUCAUUUCUGACUUUGUGGCUUAUUUACAUAUAAAGAACUAUAAGCCAUCUUCAAUUAGCUGUCACUUAUCAGCAAUUACUUAUUUCCACCAAGUGGCUAGGUUCCCUGACCCUUGUGAUGAUGUAAUAGUUAAAAGAAUGAUCCUGGGGUGUAAAAAACUAACCCCCUUAUUUGAUCAACGUUUGCCUUUGUUAAAAGUCCACAUAAAGAAACUCAUAGUGGCCUGUGACCACAUCUUUAAAGACAAUAUUUAUGAUAGAUAUCUGUACAAAGCUAUAAUACUGGUCACUUACAAUGGGUUCUUUAGAAUGGCUGAACUUCUUCCAAGAAAGUUAAGAAAGUGUACCAAAGUCAUUCAAUUCAAUCAUGUUCAUCUGACUAAGUCCCAUGUAACUUUGAAGUUACAUAAUUACAAGACUAAAAAAGAGGUCAAGCCAAUUGAUGUCACUUUACAAAGGACCAAAGUUCUUUGUCCAAUUAAAUCACUUCACAGGUAUCUGACCAUCAGGGGUGCUCGUGAUGGCCCCCUCUUUAUUUCAUCAUUAAAUACCCCUAUCACUAUUUCAAAAUUCAAAGGUGUUUUUGAUCAACUACUUGACUUAUGUCACCUCAGCCGUCAGUAUUAUCAUCUCCACAGCUUUAGGAUAGGGGUCAUGUACACAAGCUAUUUUGUCAGGAAUCCCGAACAAAACCAUUAUGCAAAUGGGCAGAUGGAAAAUCAAAUGCCUUUAAAAGAUACAUCAGACUAGCUAAUGUAAGAAAUCCGGUUUCUUGAUCAAGAAUCCUAUCUGCUGCC